GCAAAGACGGCGGCAGUCAGACAACGCCACGGCAAAGACAUAUUGCGGCUGGACAUUGAUUGCGCUGAGCCACUUUAAGCUGAGCUCCCCUACGACCCCGCUCUCGCAGACGAUCGAUGCUGCUGAGCACAGUAUUGCGCCGUCUCAUCUCUGCUACUUGAUCCCUCGCUCUUCUCGUCGACUCGCCUUCUCUCCUCCAUGUUCCUGCCCACCCACAAGACCCCCAAAGGCCUCACUUCAGCCAUGCCCCUUCUCGACAGCUUCGUCAGCUUCGCCGUAGCGACGACUACCGUCAUCCUUGAGACGGUGGUGCAGAACGCCUUCUACUUUCGUGACCUCGUGGCGUACUACUUCGGCGGCGGCAAGAAGAGCGACGAAAUCAAGCUUGAUGGCGGCGUGCGCCUCCGGUCCUACGAUCUGCUUGCCCUGCACUACACGCUCUGGCUUGUGGGAUCCCCUUCUUACAAGCACCUGCAGAGGAUGUUCGACUGGAAUCUGACGCACAAGCAUGCUGACAUCGGCGUGGCUACGGGCUACUGGGCCCGCCACUCGUCCCGUCUUGGGUACCUCCUCGAAACGCAAGCCCCCAAAGGCGGUCAAGUCGAGUAUCAUCUCUUCGACCAGAACGAGGCCUUCCUGGACUACGCCGAGUAUGCUAUCAGUAAAGUCUGGCCUCCCGUACACUACCCUUUGAGCCUCGAGAGCAGUCUCGUAUCGUAUUUGGAUCCGGAGACGGUCAAGGAGGGCGACCAAGGCCAUUACACAUCUUGCCAGGCUAUGCUGCUGCUUCACCGUGUUGCCUAUCCUGUACAGAAGGAAGGCAAUCUCGGCGCUAUCAAGGCGCAACAGCUCUUCAAGCUAGCCGCUUCCCUUCUAGCGCCUGGAGCGCGCUUCUACGGGGUGACUGUAUUGCCCCCCGAAGCCGUUGCUCAACCCACCGGAUGCUGCGCCCGUCUUCGCUUCCUACGAGGAAAAGCAGCCCAGGAUCAUCUCCGACGUCGCGGGGUGCUUCACAAUGAGCACGACACGGUGGACAAUGUUGUCAACGGCUUGAUCGCCGCUGGCUUCAGCGAGACAUCCAUCAAGAUCAAGGUCGUCAACUUCGUCAUGGCCUGGGAGGCUACGCUUGCUUGAUGUGAGGCCCACUGAUGGAGAGACGGUGCGAGUGAGCACGUUCCAUAAUGUCGUCCAGAUUCAUUCGUCUCUCUUGCCCUCUACGAAAGUCGCGAAUCGAUUCAGCC